CUGUUGAAUCAAUAUCUAAUACUAAUGUAUCUGACAUGGAGAUAAUUUCUGAUUCAUUUAAUAAUUCGAAAAGAUUUUACAUUCCUACAGACAAAGAAUUAGAUGACGUGAUUUUGUACUCAAAGGUGGUAAACACAGAGCUUUCAACACAAAAUUGGUACAAAUUAUUUAAACAAUUUCGUCAAGUAGCCAAUUUUGAUGGUGAUAUUAAAGAUAUAGCAAAUGAAAAACAACUGGAAAUGGAACUAUGUAAUUUUUUUGUUGGUGUAAGAAAAAAAGAUGGUGAUUUUUAUAAACCACGUUCAUUAUAUGUUGGCUUUUGUGCAAUAGUACGUGGACUUAAACAAGAUAUACCAAACUUAGCUGAAGAUUUAUUUAAUAAAAACAAAUAUCCAAAGUUAUGGCAAACGAUGUCAGGUAAAAUCAAACAAAUUCAAGAUACUAACAAUGUUAGAAGGACAAAAACUGAUGCAUUAGAAAAGCAUGAAAUAUUACAUAUUUUAGAACAUCCAUUAUUAAACUUGAAUGAACCUCUUUCACUCACAAAAAAAGUGGCAUUUUGGCUUUCAUAUCUAUGUAGUUUUCGUGGAGGAGAUUUAAAAAGACUUAAAGAUUCCUGGGUAACAUUAAAUAAUGAUAAGAGUGUAACUGUGUCGCUUCCCAGGGAAAAAAAUCAUUCUGGUGGUCUUGAUGAUAUGGAUAAUAAUGGUCGAGUUUGUGAAAUACCAGCUGAUACUAACAGUAAAUUCCGACCUGUACAAGACAUCACAUACUAUAGAAACAGAAGACCAGCUCAUUGUAAAUGCCCAAUGUUUUUUUUAAAAAUAGAAAAUAAGGCCAAUAUUGAAAAAGGCAAAUGGUUUUCAGAUACAAACCUAGGAAAAAAUUCACUUGAUACUCUAAUUAAACAAAUUUGUGAAAAUUGUGAGAUUGAUAUUGGUAAACGACACAUUGUAAAUCAUUCCAUGAGAACAACUGGUAUAAUGCAAUUAACAAACUUAGGUGUUCCCAUUAAUGAAAUCAUGGCAUAUAGUGGACACCGUUCACUUGCUGGCUUAAAUUCUUACCAAACUAUACCUAAAAAACAAAUGCAUAACAAUGUGGCAUCUUUAAUCAAUUCGGAUUCAUCAUCAACAUCUGAAAAAUUCACUGGAAUUAAAGCAGAUAUUGAAUUGUGUAAUGAAAAAGAUGAUGAUUGUGUAUCAUUAACAGGAACUUAUAAAAACAAUAGAUCUCCUUUUAAAGAAGUCAAUAGAAAUAGCCAUCAUUCUAGGUUGGGAACAAAAUAUAAUAAAGUAUCAGAUGACAAUAUUUUGAAAAGACCAUUCAAAAUCCCUUCCAAACGAAAUUUAUCUGAAGAUUUAACUCAAAAUAUUCAAAAUGGCAAAACAUCACAGAAGUUUACAGAUCCUGAAUUACCAAACAUACAGAUAAAUGCGAGUGGUAACAACAUUAAAGUUGAUGUUCAUAUUACAAUAACAAA